ACCGGCAGUGCCAGUUCACCUGUCACUAUGGGACCGCCUAUGAGAUCAUGACAGUACCCAAUGACCCCUACACCUUUUUGUCAUGUGGAGAAGAUGGCACAGUGCGGUGGUUUGAUCUCCGCACAAAAACAAGCUGCACUAAAGAAGACUGUAAAGAUGACAUUCUGAUAAAUUGUCGGAGGGCAGCCACCUCCAUCUCCAUCUCUCCUCUGAUGCCCUUCUAUCUGGCUGUGGGCUGCUCUGACAGCUCAGUGCGUAUUUAUGACAGGCGCAUGCUGGGAACCAGAGCGACAGGAAACUACAUGGGACGUGUAAAUACAGGCAUGUGUGUGCGGUUUGUUCCUGCCCACCUGUCCAAUAAGUCAUGCAGAGUGACCUCGCUGUGCUACAGUGAGGAUGGUCAGGAGGUGCUGGUCAGCUACUCCUCCGACUACAUCUAUCUGUUUGACCCCAAAGACGACCAGGCACGAGAGCUCAAGGGCCCUUCAGAGGAGAGGAGGGAGGAGCUGAGACAGCCCCCAGUCAAGCGUCUGCGCCUAAGAGGAGACUGGUCUGAUACUGGGCCCCGCGCUCGCCCUGAGAGUGAGAGGGAGCGAGAUGGGGAGCAGAGCCCAAAUGUGUCUCUAAUGCAAAGGAUGUCUGACAUGUUAUCCCGAUGGUUUGAGGAGGCAAGUGAGGCACAAAGCAGCAGAGGAGCCCGGCCUCAGGCUCGGCCCAGGGGAACAGCGAUCCGUCCAGAGGGUCCCCCGAGUGCACCUGGCUCUGCAUCAGGGUCUGACACAGGUGCAGCGCCUACAGACCUGCAGUCUUCAGAGGUCUCCUCUGCUCCUGCCACUGAAGCACUCCAAACAUCUUCAUCUUCCUCAGCAUCCUCAUCCACGGUCACAGCCCCCGCCCCCUCCACCUCCACGUCCCCACCCACAUCUUCCCCGGACUCCCCCGAGCAGAGGAGCCAGGACACCACCGGGAUACUCACUCCGACUGCCACAACCGCCACAGAACCAGCGCUGUCAGCCUCUUUGUCAGAGUACGGCCCCCAUCGGCUGCCCAUAAGUUUAGUGUGUAGGCGUUUGCAGAGGCUGCUUCGGCUGGCAGACCCUCCGGGCAUGAGCCAUCGAGCGGCCGCGGCCGCUGCUGCUGCUGCCUCUUCUUCCUCUUCUUCCUCUUCUGCUCCCUCUACUGCCUCUGAGAGACAGGGUCAAAGAACUACUGCAGCCCAGAGGCCCCCCAGUGCAGAUUCUCCCUCGUCUGUGGUAAACAAACAGCUGGGAUCCAUGACUCUAGAUGAACAGCAGGGAGCAGCUGAGGGUCCAGUGUCCAUCCCUGAUGAAGAGCCCCCUGUGCCCAGCAGCAGUGGUCCUGGGCGGAGCGGGGGGGCAGAGCCUGUCCUCAGCCUCCACUACAGCUCCGAGGGAACCACAACCAGCACCAUCAAGCUGGACUUUACAGAUGAGUGGAGUAGUAGUACAUCAAGUUCAAUGGGUAGUGGAGCUCCAAAAGCUCCUGAGCCUGCAGCUUUGACCCGUGAAAAGGAGAACUCAAAACCUUCAACUUCAAAACAGACAUCCUCUGAUCCAGGUGAACAAAGUGCACCCAAGUCCUGCACAGAUCCUCCAGGCAGCACUCUCCCCAGCACUUCAACUCAAGGCCCAGCGGAGGGCUCCUCUGAGGUGGGCACCUCCUCACCCCAGGAGAGGAGUCAGCCUGAGGGAGUGGAGGAGGACACAUCAGGGGGCUGUAGAAGAGCUGAGCCUGCUGCUGCAGAGGAGGAGGCGGGGCAAGGGGUGGGACAGGAGGCAGGGCAGACCAGCCAACCCACGCGCCCCAACCAGGACUCUGAUGACAGCGACGAUGACCCCAUCCUCAUACCCUCCGUGAGGUUCAGAGGACAGGGACAAAGAUUUAAUUCCAGAGGAUCUGCCGUAGGAGAUAGAAUGAUCAGGCGUUCUGCGGCCGCUCGUAUCCAGGAGCUGUUUCGCCGCAGGAAAGAGCGAAGAGAGAUGGAGGAGAGUGAGACGCAGAACAUCAGAAGGCCUUCAGUCAAAAUGGUGUACAAAGGCCAUCGCAACUCCAGGACUAUGAUAAAAGAAGCUUGUUUCUGGGGCAACAACUUUGUAAUGAGUGGUUCCGACUGCGGACACAUCUUUAUCUGGGACAGGCACACGGCGGAGCACCUCAUGCUGCUGGAAGCUGACAACCAUGUGGUCAACUGCCUACAGCCACAUCCCUACGACCCCAUACUGGCUUCUUCAGGAAUUGACUAUGAUAUCAAAAUUUGGUCACCUUUGGAGGAGUCCCCAAAUUUCAACAGGGUCCUUGCAGAUGAGGUAAUCACUCGAAAUGAACUGAUGCUGGAGGAAACGAGAAACACAAUCACAGUCCCUGCUUCUUUCAUGCUCCGAAUGCUCGCCUCCCUCAAUCAUAUCAGAUCAGAUCGACUUGAGGGCGACCGCUCCGAAGGUUCAGGACAAGAAAAUGAGGACGAGCAGUAGCCUGAAUUUUAAGUUUGAAUUUUUUGUUGUAUAGCACUUGAAAAUCCCAGGAUUUGUUAAGUUUAGUGUAGAUUACCUCCUUUUGAAAAGCGGUGUAAUUUCUAGCCUCCUUUUUUAAAACGUAUUUCUUACCAAGUGUCUGUAUACGUUUGUGUGAAUGCAGUAGCAGGAUGGUGGUAUGGUAAACUGGCUGAGAGUACAAUGGUGAUGUCUGAUGUGCAAUAUUGUUUUGUUUGGAGAAAGUGAGCGUCGAACAGUGUUAUUGUGUGAAGUUCUGAGCACAAAAUUAAAGGUGUUGUGUGCUGCUCCAGGAGUAACGCAUGUAACGGAGUUUACAUAAACUAUAAAUGGAGAAUGCUUUAAUUUCUUCUGUAAGAAAAAAAUAUAAUGGCUCUCCAAAGGGUAAUGUCAAUAAUACUUUUACAUGGUUUGAAAAAAUAAAAGUCAAAUGCACAAAAACUAA